GGAGCAGAUAGUGAGACUUCACUGGUAUCUGAUCAGUGCCUGUAGCACUCUGGAGUGUUUCCAGAAGUCAUAUGACUCUCCACCAGUGUCAAAACAAGCCUGAGAGGUCAUAAGCAAGAAGGGGCAAAGGUUGGUGACUAGCUCGGCAAGCAGCGGGAAGAAUAGUGGAUGGUGGCAGGAGGAGCUGAAGAGAUAGCUGGAAGAUUUGAAAAGGUCAGAGGAUUGAAACAAGACAAUGGAUUGGGGAGCUCUGCAUACCAUUUUGGGAGGUGUAAAUAAGCAUUCCACCAGUAUCGGGAAGAUAUGGCUCACAGUCCUGUUCAUCUUCCGUAUCAUGAUCCUGGUUGUGGCUGCAGAGAGAGUCUGGGGAGAUGAACAAGAUGACUUUGUCUGCAACACACUUCAGCCUGGCUGCAGAAAUGUGUGCUAUGACCACUUUUUCCCCAUCUCUCACAUCAGACUCUGGGCCCUGCAGCUGAUCUUUGUCUCCACACCUGCGCUGCUGGUGGCCAUGCACGUGGCCUACAGGAGGCAUGAGAAGAAAAGGCAGUUCAGAAAGGGAGACCAGAAGUGCGAAUACAAGGACAUUGAAGAAAUCCGAAGACAGAGGUUUCGUAUUGAGGGCUCCUUGUGGUGGACGUACACCAGCAGCAUCUUUUUCAGACUGAUCUUUGAAGCUGUCUUCAUGUAUGCGUUUUAUUUCAUGUAUGAUGGGUUCCGAAUGCCUCGCUUGAUGAAGUGUAGUGCUUGGCCCUGCCCCAACACGGUAGACUGCUUUGUCUCUCGACCUACUGAAAAGACAGUGUUUACUAUUUUCAUGAUUGCUGUGUCCAGCAUUUGCAUUCUGUUAAAUGUGGCUGAAUUAUGUUACUUACUGACAAAGUUUUUCCUCAGAAGGUCUAAAAAAGCUGGAAAUUCAAAACAGCAACCCAACCAUGAGAAUAAGGAAGAAACCAAACAAAAUGAAAUGAAUGAGUUGAUAUCUGAUAGCUGUCAGAACACAGUUAUAGGGUUUUCAAGUAGCUAAGGUGGUGUCAGUGCUGAUGCUCACUCUUUUUGGAGUGAAGGUUUUAUUUAGAGGCUGCAAAUGAAAUUUGUUACAUGAAACACAGUUGGGUGAGACUUUGAUGUGUAGUAUCAGAUGUAAAGUAUGUAAAUGUCUGGAAUAAGUCAGGGAAGCCUAAACAUGUGAAAAUUCCGUGAGGAUUAAAUAGGAAAGUACACUUUCCUAUGAGUACCCUUACAAGCUGACUGACAAGUGGGAAGCCCACCACUUACCUUCAUGCUGACCCAUGAAAACUAAAUGCAACAGCAAUAAGAACAAAAUUCGUUCCAAGCUAGAUAUUCUAGUAUUAAAAGAUGUUUUGUAAUAGUGAUAGUUUUUACUUGUGAACUGACGAUUAAAAUAUUUUUCUAAAAUCUAAGAUUCCAUGUUACUUAAGGUGUUAUAGUAUGCAACUGAUUGUGUUUUGUUUCUUAACCAGGCAUAUGCAGAUGAACCCUGUAACACCAUGUUCAUAUGGAGGAGACAGCAAUAGGGUACAUCUUUACAGCUUUGCAAGUGCUUCUUGAGUCUGGCCAGGUAGUUUGGGAUGCUUGCAUACACACUGAUGGCUGUAGAGGAAGUUGUAUGAAAGGUAGCUAGAUCCUGAGUGCAAAGUCAUGCCUAAAAUCAGCAUGGGAAUAUAGAUACAGCCUAUGUAGGCUUGCUUUAAACAUCUAGCAGACCUGAUAAUCUUGCUGAUCUUUUAAUUGCAUACUGCCAGUUUUAUAGGAACUUACAUAACUUAAUGUAGAUGUUUAUUUCUCUAAUGUAUUAGUUGUAUGUGUUUAUGCUAUAUCACAUCAUGGAACUUUUUUGGUUUUGAUUUGUUCUGCUUUUUUUGUACUUGACUGAUGGUGCUGUUCUGAGACUAGAGGCUAUCUGGUUUCAAGGACAUGGGAAAGUAUUACUGGAAAUGGAGCAAGUUUUCUGAAUAAAAGGCAAACACUUCAACCUUU